CUCCCCAUCGAAAUCCGUACAAAUUGAAAAAGCAAGAUUUUCCGGGAAGAGCAAUGAAGCUUUCGUCAAUGGCUACUCCUCUCUCUCUCUGGGCUCAUCCUCUCUCGACGCGCGCUCCUUCCCGCCUCAGAACGGGCAGCAAACCACGCGCCGUAGCCGCCGGAGCCGGAGCGCCGAAGAUGGCGGUCCGGUACGAGCUGAGGCCGGGGCAGAACCGCCUCCUCCACGAGCUCUCCUCCGGCCUGUCCAUGGAGGUCAUCGCGCAGGAAGGCGCCGACGAGAGCCGUGGAGACCUCAAUCCGCCGCUGGUGUUCGUGCACGGGAGCUACCACGCCGCUUGGUGCUGGGCCGAGCACUGGUUGCCUUUCUUCUCCGGCCGCGGGUUCGAUUGCUUCGCCGUCAGCUUGCUCGGUCAGGGUGAAAGUGAUGCACCCUCCGCUCCUGUUGCUGGUUCACUCCAGUACACACAUGCAGCUGAUGUUGCCGACUUCAUUGACAAAAAACUUAGCUCGCCUCCAGUUCUGCUCGGACAUUCAUUCGGAGGGCUUAUUGUCCAGUACUACAUUGCAAACAUAAGAGACGAGCAAUAUGCAGAGGGGGAUGGUUUGUUCCCGGAGUUGGCAGGAGCUGUGCUUGUUUGCUCUGUACCUCCUUCUGGUAAUAGUGGCAUAGUGUGGCGAUAUCUCUUUACCAAACCUAUAGCAGCUUUUAAGGUCACUCGCAGUUUAGCUGCUAAAGGCUUUCAAACUUCUCUUCCUCUCUGUAAGGAAACAUUUUUUUCUGCUGCAAUGGAGGAUCAUCUGGUGCAACGUUAUCAGGAACUAAUGAAGGAGAGUUCGCAGAUGCCGUUGUUUGAUCUAAGGCAGCUGAAUGCUUCUCUUCCAGUUCCCUCUGUGCCAAAAUCUUCCGUUGAACUUCUCAUAGUGGGUGCGACUGAUGAUUUCAUAGUGGAUGCUCAAGGGAUACGAGAAACGGGCGAAUACUAUGAUGUACCACCGAUUUGUGUUGAAGGGGUGGCUCAUGACAUGAUGCUAGAUUGCUCGUGGGAGAAAGGUGCAGACGUUUUGUUGUCAUGGCUGAAGGGUUUAAGAAAGGACCAGAGAUGAAUGUGUUUCAUUUCAGUUUGGGCUAGAGUGCAGACUGCGUCCGAGCUCACUUCCUCAAACAGAUGAUCCAACUCGAAUGUAAUUUCUAGAAAAGCGCCAUGCAACAUGUUUGCUGGUCCAUUUUUUCGUUGGGCUUCUGCUAUACACUGCAGGAGCGAUUUGUAAUUUCGCAACCUCGGCUGGGUAUCGAAUUUGGAGAGAUUUUAUGUGUGCAUUAUUCAUUCG